GGAACAUUAUGAUACUUUUUUCUUAGAACAGUAAACGUCAACAAAAUGAGAGGUGAAAGCUUAUCUAGUUCCUAUCUACAUUUAGUAAUCGCAAUUCUGAUAUGAAGUAGGUACAAUAUUGCAGCUAUGGUGAUGGUUUUUUUAUUUAGUGUUUUUGUUGUCUUUUGAAAGUUUUGCAUGAAUUUGUUUUGUAAUUAAUAGGUACCCAAGUCGAUCCCUACGCAUUUAAUUCGAUAAGAGCGAGCAUCAUUUUAAGAUCCAUACGCUUUUAAUGGAGUUUCCUGUUCAACCAUUCCAACGAGGAUUUUUCUGCAACGAUGAGUCGAUUCGAUUACCAUAUUUUGAACCUACUGUAUCCACGACCUCUUUAUAUUCAUUUGGAUUACUGAUCCCAACACUGAUAAUUUUUGGAGGCGAAUAUGUCCACCAUGUAUUGCGAAAAGAUACAAAAUUGUCGAACCGUUAUUUGACGAGAAAACACGAAAUCUCGAAUUAUUAUCGAAGUGUGUUUCGAAAACUACUUUGUUUCGUGAGUGGAGCCCUGUACGGGUAUUUUAUUUCAGCUGUGGGUAAAUUCACUGUAGGUCGUCUAAGACCAAAUUUCAUCGCAUUAUGCGGUAUUGAUUUAUCAACUGUUUGUCGAGACCAUCCCUACGAAUAUAUUACCAAUUUCACGUGUCCCAAUGGCGAAUUUGCGGGUAACGAUGGCAGAAUUUCUUUUCCUUCCGACCAUGCGGGAUUUUCAUUUUAUGCAGCCGUUUUUACAGUGUUAUACUUGCAGAAGAGAAUUAAAUGUGGAUCUUUGUUCUGGAAACCACUGUUACAAUUUCUCAUCUUAUUACUAGCUUGGUGGAUUUCUCUAACUCGAGUUAUGAAUAAUCAACAUCAUAUGAGUGACGUAAUAGCAGGCAUAUUCAUUGGAAGUGGCGUUGCUUUAAUAAAUACGAUUUUAGUUCAUUCAUUUUUCGAGGACGAAGACUCAGUUUCCAAUUCAAGUUCGAAUAAUGGUCUUUCCAGCAAAGUCCUGUCCGAGACACGUGGUUUGCUUUCUUCUGCAGAAUGACUGUAAUAUGGAUAGGUACCUACCAUUUUUCAAAUCAUUGCUACCGGCUAAUGAGAUGAUGAUCAGAAGUUAUAACAUGCCUGUUUAUUGGAACGAAACUUUGCCCAUGGCGUACACCUAAUUACCACUUACUAGUUAGAGUAGAACUUACACACAGAGAUAACAUAUUCGCUACAGCCCUAUCUAAUUCUUGUAAUUAGAAAUUUUUAGUAAAAAUUCCGAUUCAACUUUGGAAAAUGUGCAAAAAAGAUUUUUUAGCCACAUAAUAUGGCCCACCUUUGAAAUUAAAAUAAAGACUCGAAUUUUCAAAUGAGCAACAAAUUUUAAUAACCUUUUGCCUAUACCUAUAUAAUUAGACCUUAAUUUUAAAAAUGAACCAUUCCGUAUAGAACUUUUUAAAUUCGUUUUCAAAAAUUAUAUUAUUAUAUCGAAAUCAAUUUCCAAACAGCUAAAAAUUUGUUUGAAAACUAAUCCAAUUUUUUCCCCAUAUUUCAAAUUGCUCGUAAGUAUAACUUCUUCAAUUUCGGAGAUGAUGGGCAAUUUUGGCAGAAAAUCUGUUCUGAUCAUUUUCAAAAGUUGUAUCACGUUUCUUAUUUGAAAUCUUCAUUUUGUAGAGUUUUGAAACGGUGGUCCUUUCAAUAUUUUUGAUCAGACAGAUUUCAGAUAUGAUCAUCAUUUCUAAUUGCUCGAUUGUCAAAAGGUGAUAAUCAAGUUCCAAGAAUCUGACACAACGUGUUUUUUUCAUGUUAGAUCCUGUCAAUUUUUUAUACCAAUUUUCAUUAUAAUUUUGAGCCUCGGUACAAUUGUUGCUCAUUUUUCAAAAUAAACGUUGUACUUUA